AUGCAUACAGAGUUUGGAGCAGAGGAGGAGAGAUUGGGGGCGCACAGCACAGGGCAUGCUGCAUGCAGCGCAAGUGAUAGAGCAGCAGGCACGGAGCAGCAGGCACGGAGCAGCAGGCACGGAGCAGCAGGCACGGAGCAGCAGGCACGGAGCAGCAGGCACGGAGCAGCAGGCACGGAGCAGCAGGCACGGAGCAGCAGGCACGGAGCAGCAGGCACGGAGCAGCAGGCACGGAGCAGCAGGCACGGAGCAGCAGGCACGGAGCAGCAGGCACGGAGCAGCAGGCACGGAGCAGCAGGCACGGAGCAGCAGGCACGGAGCAGCAGGCACGGAGCAGCAGGCACGGAGCAGCAGGCACGGAGCAGCAGGCACGGAGCAGCAGGCACGGAGCAGCAGGCACGGAGCAGCAGGCACGGAGCAGCAGGCACGGAGCAGCAGGCACGGAGCAGCAGGCACGGAGCAGCAGGCACGGAGCAGCAGGCACGGAGCAGCAGGCACGGAGCAGCAGGCACGGAGCAGCAGGCACGGAGCAGCAGGCACGGAGCAGCAGGCACGGAGCAGCAGGCACGGAGCAGCAGGCACGGAGCAGCAGGCACGGAGCAGCAGGCACGGAGCAGCAGGCACGGAGCAGCAGGCACGGAGCAGCAGGCACGGAGCAGCAGGCACGGAGCAGCAGGCACGGAGCAGCAGGCACGGAGCAGCAGGCACGGAGCAGCAGGCACGGAGCAGCAGGCACGGAGCAGCAGGCACGGAGCAGCAGGCACGGAGCAGCAGGCACGGAGCAGCAGGCACGGAGCGGCAGGCACGGAGCGGCAGGCACGGAGCAGCAGGCACGGAGCAGCAGGCACGGAGCAGCAGGCACGGAGCAGCAGGCACGGAGCAGCAGGCACGGAGCAGCAGGCACGGAGCAGCAGGAACAGAGCAGCAGGCACGGAGCAGCAGGCACGGAGCAGCAGGCACGGAGCAGCAGGCACAGAGCAGCAGGCACGGAGCAGCAGGCACGGAGCAGCAGGCACGGAGCAGCAGGCACAGAGCAGCAGGCACGGAGCAGCAGGCACGGAGCAGCAGGCACAGAGCAGCAGGCACGGAGCAGCACACAGGGAGAAGCAGACACAGAGCAGCAGGCAGGGAACCAUAACAUCUCACAGCAGCAGCAGCUCUUUUCCACCUUCCCCCCCUUGCCUCACCUCGGCCCACUGCCGCACAGCCUCCGCCCCAUAG